AAACAUGGGGAGCAGGGUACCAGAGGACCCGUGACCCUCCUGCUACUGCAGCGCGGGGGUCUGUGAGCCUCAGGAGGCCGCCGGGGUGGGGGGGCACAGCCCCUAGCGACCUCGGGAGGGGCUGGUUGGGCGGUGGCCGUCGGGUGACCGAGGACGAAGAGGGUGGCCCGGUCCAUGGAUGCUCCGAGGUGGCCGGCCGAGGUCCCCUGCAUCCUGCCGGGUGGGCGUGGCCAGGCGGGGGUGGGCGUGGCCAGGUGGGCGGGAUGGACAGGUGAGGCCCGCCCAGCCGGACACCUCCGAGCGGAGCCGGGGAGGAGGCGAGCAGAACCGAACCGAGCCGAACGCUGUAGGGUCGAGCCGAGGUCCAGCCGAAGCGAGCCGGGUCUAGCCGAACCGAGCCGAGUCCAACCGAACCGAGCCAAAGUGAGAGCCCCGGGACCGGCGGCGUUGCCUCAUGGCUGGGAAGAAACUGAUCGUGGUGUUCGGGGCGACCGGGGCUCAGGGGGGCCGCGUGGCCCGGGCUCUGCUGGAAGAUGGGACCUUUAAGGUCCGUGCGGUGACACGGAACCCCGUGAAGAAGGAGGCAGAGGAGCUGAAGCAGAAAGGAGCUGAGGUGGUGAAGGCGGAUCUGGACGAUGAGCCAUCCCUGGAGCUGGCCUUGAAGGGUGCUUACGGAGCCUUUGUUGUCACCAACUUCUGGGAGCACGGCAGCAAAGAGAAAGAAAUCGCACAGGGAAAGCGUCUUGCUGACCUGUCGAAGCGCCUGGGCCUGCGCCACGUGGUGUACAGUGGGCUGGAGAAUGUGAAGAAGCUGACAGGGGGCCAGCUGGAGGUGCAGCACUUCGACGGGAAAGGCGAGGUGGAGGAGUACUUCCAGAACAUCGGUGCUAACGCCACAUCCGUCCGAUUGCCGUUCUACUUUGAGAACUUCCUCUCCACCUUCAAGCCACAGAAGGCCCCGCAGGGAGAUAGCUAUGUCCUGGCACUGCCCAUGGGGGACACCCCCAUGGAUGGGAUGGCGGUGGAGGACAUGGGGCCUGUUGUGGUUUCCCUGCUGAAGUCCCCGGAAGAGUACGUUGGCCGAAUGAUCGGGCUUAGCACGGGGAAGCUCACCGAGGCAGAGUACGCCGCCGUCCUCUCCCAGCAGACGGGCAAGACCGUGAAAGCCAGCAAGCUCUCCCCUGAGGAGUACGAGAAAGGCGGCUCCCCCGGGGCCAAGGAGAUGGCUGCCAUGUUCCGCUUCUACGCCAUGAAGCCCGACCGCAACGUGGACCUCACCAUGAAACUCAACCCCAAGGCCCGCACCUUCUCUCAGUGGGUGGCGGAUAACAAAGCCGCCUUCUGAUCCCCCUCUCCUCUUCCUCCCUCCCUCCUCUUCCUCCCCAGUUUCUGCAGCGGGCUCUGGCCAGGGAGGCUGAGCCAUGCUGCAGGAGGUGGGAAGAGCUUUGGUCCAUGCGUGGGCUCCAGGGCUCUCCUGCAACUGGGUUGAGAACCUCAAACAGGAGGGAAGGCUGCAGGAGGCGUGUGGGAGAAGCACACCCUUUACCCACUAUCUUCAGGGAGGUGUUUCUUUAGCGAUUCUGGGUGUUUUCAGGGUUGUAGGGUGGUGGCGGGUUGUUUUCCCAGGAUCUCCCUCU